AUGCAGGUGUCUAUCGCGUGUACAGAGCAGAACCUUCGCAGCCGGAGCAGUGAGGACCGUCUGUGCGGACCCCGGCCGGGCCCCGGGGGCGGUAAUGGCGGGCCGGUCGGCGGAGGGCACGGGAAUCCUCCGGGGGGUGGGGGGUCUGGCCCCAAGGCCCGAGCCGCACUGGUCCCCCGACCCCCAGCGCUCACUGGGGCCCUCCGAGAGAGCACCGGCCGAGGCACGGGCAUGAAAUACAGGAACCUAGGAAAGUCUGGUCUUCGGGUAUCCUGUCUUGGCCUGGGCACCUGGGUCACAUUUGGUUCUCAGAUCUCAGAUGAGAUAGCAGAGGAUGUGCUGACAGUAGCCUAUGAACAUGGUGUAAACCUGUUUGACACCGCCGAAGUGUAUGCAGCAGGAAAAGCUGAAAGAACCCUAGGCAACAUCCUCAAGAGCAAAGGUUGGAGGAGAUCAAGCUAUGUCAUCACCACCAAGAUUUUUUGGGGAGGACAGGCAGAAACUGAGCGAGGCUUGAGCCGCAAACACAUCAUUGAGGGCUUACGAGGAUCCCUGGAACGCCUCCAGCUGGGAUAUGUGGACAUCGUGUUUGCCAAUCGCUCAGACCCCAACAGUCCUAUGGAGGAGAUUGUGCGAGCCAUGACUUAUGUCAUCAACCAGGGCCUGGCCCUGUACUGGGGAACAUCCCGAUGGGGAGCUGCAGAAAUCAUGGAGGCCUAUUCCAUGGCCAGACAGUUUAAUCUGAUUCCUCCAGUAUGUGAACAAGCAGAACACCACCUGUUUCAGAGGGAGAAGGUGGAGAUGCAACUGCCAGAGCUCUACCACAAAAUUGGUGUUGGUUCAGUCACCUGGUCCCCUCUGGCCUGUGGCCUCAUUACUAGCAAGUACGAUGGGCGAGCCCCAGAUACCUGCAAGGCCACCAUCAAGGGCUACCAUUGGCUCAAGGACAAAGUGCAAAGCGAAGAUGGCAAGAAGCAGCAAGCCAAGGUCAUGGACCUUCUUCCCAUCGCUCACCAACUGGGCUGCACUGUGGCCCAGCUUGCUAUUGCAUGGUGUCUCCGCAGUGAGGGUGUCAGCUCAGUCUUGCUGGGGGUGUCAAGUGCAGAGCAGCUGAUAGAACACCUGGGUGCUCUACAGGUGCUGAGCCAGCUAACUCCACAGACAGUGAUGGAGAUAGAUGGACUCCUGGGGACCAAGCCACAUUCCAAGAAAUAGUAUGUCUGAGGCCCAGGGACCCAACCAGGAGUCGCUACACUCUCCUGAGAACCGCCUUCCCUCAGCAGCCUCACUCCUGCUUCGGAUCCCUCCUCACGCAGCGGCCAGAGCAAGGGUAGCCCCGCCCACCAACGAGUCCCAGCUUGAGUAGUGAUUCGCAUGAACAAAGCCAUAUCCUUCUACAGUGGGGCUUGAGAGAGAAAGUAGCACGCCUGCCCCUGCUGCAUCCUUCUAGGCCUUCUUGCAAGUCCUGGGUAUGAGCUACUGGUAUUUGCUCUCUGCCACUUGAUCACGCUCCCUUCUCUCUUCCCCCUAUUCGCAAGGCCCAGAAGAAAACACACACACACACACACACACACACACACACACACACACAACCCCAGCAGAUAUAAGAAACAUGCAGAAUACCUCAAAAGGGAUGCUUGAAAGGAGUAAUAACCUAAUAAGUUAGUUGUGAUGUCACCUGGAACAUAGGAAAUGGGGCUCUUGGGGUAUUUGAUAUAAAGGAAGUCAGGCUGGUCCUGGCAGGAAAUAAAUGAUACUCUUUUGGAAACCAGGACCCCACCUCCCAGCCCAGAGAUCAGGGAGGGCGGUAAGUGUGGGGACUAUACAGCACUGACAAAGGUAGAGGGGAAUGUGAUAGAUGUAUAACAUAGUCUGGCAAAAUGGUCAGGGUGGUCCUUAGAAAACAAACUUGGCCUAUGCUUUGCAGGAAUUUGUGACAGCCUUUGGGUCAUGGGCAGAGACAUGGGGCAGGCGAAAAAGGUCUAGGGAUAGACUUUUGAGCCUUGAGCAGGACUUUCUACCUGGCAGUAGAGGAUAACAGUCUUCCUCCUGGCAAUAACCCUAAAGCAAUAAUGAUGGCCCCUCUUCUGUAAGACUUCCCAGGGAACUGUAAAUAAAAUCUCAGCUUGAUCCUCA